GCUUGCUGGGAAGUGUAGUUUUUUUCCGCCGCUGGCGACGGCGUGAACGAAGGUCGUUUUAUUGGCGGGGGAGAAAACGGCGGCCGCCCGGGGGGUCACAUCAUGGGGGCGACGUUAGCGCUCUGAGGGCUGAAUUCGUUAUGUUUGACAGAGAAUAGUAUCCCUGGCCUGCCGUGCGGAUCGGGGAAGUGGUCUGUGGGCACCAAGUGCAGGCCUAGGCCGCGGUCGGAGCGGGAACAACCGGCGGCUGCCGCUGUCUCGGGUUAAAGCCGCGGCGCUCCCUCGGCAAUGAACGCGGUGUUUUACCACCGGGGAUUGGGAUUAGCCGGCAGAGCCGAGCCGGAGGAUUGGUGCUGAGAGAAUGGAGCCGAACCGAACCCCUUGGCACCAGAUUCAAUUGCUGUUGGAGGCAUGAAUAACUUGAAAUGCGCGAAUUGUUUAAUCAAGUAUUGAGUCAAUUACAAUUGCUUGAGGAAGGCCGCUUCAGUCUACCAAAGACAAGAUACCUUAAAGCAACUUUCAAUGCCCAACUCUGUAGAAAAUCAGUUACCAAAGCCUCCCGGAAACACACAAAGUAUCGGUGUCAUUGAUGAACUUGCUGCUGGUGAUUCACUAGGAACUUCUAAUUCAAAUCUGUUCUCCUGCUAUGGUACUCCAUCUUUCAGUCUAAGUUCUCGUGCAACAGGACGUGGCCUGUGGAUGUUUCCUGUGGUCCGGGCGCGGGAAGUGUUUUACAAUGUCUGCUCAGAUUAUGGCUUACUAAAUAAGGCCACUGUUAUUGCCAAUACGCCAUGUAGUUCCAGUGAUCCAGCUCCAGUACAAGAUGGAACUUCAUCACUUGGUUGUCCAGCACAUGAUUCAAGUUAUGUUGACAUUGACGUUGAUCCUCCGGAUGUAACCCAUAGAGGUAAUGCACAAUUGGUUGCUAUACCUGUCAGCAGUGGGAAACAGCUGCUUGCCUGGGAAAUAGAUACAUUAAAAACUGAUGUAAUAACAUCUAAAAUGAAAAGUAGAACAGGUGGCUUAAAGAAACAAGCUGCAAAAAAGAUGAAACCAUUGGAAAAACACAACAAAAAAUACAAUGAUUCCUCUCUAUAUACAGUUCUGGAAGAAAUGAAACAGCGCAAAGUUUUAGAUCUUAGGAGAUGGUAUUGCGUCAGUCGUCCACAGUACAAGACUUCAUGUGGAAUUUCCUCUUUAGUUUCAUGCUGGAAUUAUUUAUUUAGUACAUGUGGAACAGGAAGUCUUCCACCAAUUACUCAGGAGGAAGCAUUGCAUAUCUUGGGUUUCCACCAACCCUAUGAAGACAUCAGAUUUGGGCCCUUUACAGGAAAUGCAACAUUAAUGAGAUGGUUUAGACAGCUGAAUGAGCAUUUUCAUGUGAGAGGCUGUUCAAAUGUUCUGUACAAACCACAUGGAAAAAAUAGAACAGCUGGAGAAACUGCUGAAGGGGCUUUAAUGAAGCUAACUGAAGGACUGAAGGAUGAAUCAAUGGCUUUCAUCUACCAUUGCCAAAAUCAUUAUUUCUGUCCUAUUGGAUUUGAGGCUACCCCCGUAAAGGCAUCCAAAGCAUUUCGAGGGAAGCUCCCCCUUGAUGAAAUGGAGUUUUGGAUUUUAAUAGGGGAACCUAGUAAGAAACAUCCAGCCAUUCACUGCAAGAAGUGGGCAGACAUAGUAAUAGAUCUCAACACUCAGAAUCCUGAGUACCUUGAUAUUCGAAAUCCUGAAAAAGGUAUACAGUACAGAAAAACAAAAAAGGUUGGUGGAAACUUGCAUUGCAUAAUAAUGUUCCAAAAACUGAACUGGCAAAAAUUAAGCACAUGGAUGAUGAGCAUUGGAAAUUUCAGGUGCGAAAGACGUUCAAAGGUAUCAGACUGCAAGUCCAGUAAUUCUGCCCUUGGUUUGGAACGAAUUUUAAAUGAUCAUCAUGAAUCAGUGAAUGACAAUGAUGGUUUUCAGCAAACAUCUGAAUGGAAGCAGGUUGCAGGUCCAUAUGAUUACAGAGAUGGUGGAUCUCCUGAAAGUGACACUGAAGAGGAAAGUAUUGAAGUUCAAGCCGCCCGCCUCGAGCUCGGUCGCCAAACCCCCAUCAAUAACGGUCACCUCAGGCCUGUCCUCCAUCCCCGGCCUCUGCCGCUCGCAGACACAGACGGAGGGAGGCCACGCCGCUCCCAGCCUCUUUUAAAAACAUCCGGGCCACUCCCCACCAACGGCCGCCGCCGGUUUAAACCGGUGCACCGGUCAACGUGUUCCGCCGGCUCCUUCCGCAGAUAUUGGGUUCCGGCCCGGCGUUUCCCAUUAUCUGUCAUCACUAUUGGCAGGAACAGGUUCAACCUCACUCUGCGACGUUAUUUUGUGAAUUUAUGCAGAAUUAUGGGGGUUAAGGGACUGUGGAAACUGCUGGAGUGUGCAGGACAACCUAUCAAUCCAGAAACACUUGAAGGAAAAAUACUCGCUGUUGAUAUCAGCAUUUGGUUAAAUCAAGCAGUGAAGGGUGCAAGAGAUCGCCAUGGUAAUUCUGUACCAAAUGCUCACCUUCUGAUUUUGCUCCAUCGACUAUGUAAGCUUUUGUUUUAUCGAAUACGACCAGUGAUUGUUUUUGAUGGAAAGACGCCUCUACUGAAGAAACAAACUUUGGCUAACAGAUGGCAGAGAAAGGACCUGGCAGUUAAAGAUACAAAGAAAGCUACAGAUAAGCUGUUGAGGACCAUGUUGAAGCAACAUGCCUUAAAAAGUGUUUUUGGCAAAAGUGAUGGGGUCAUUCCCAGCCUUUCUCAGGUGAGAAGAGGUGAAACAGAUGACAUUUUUAUUCUGCCUUCCUUAGAAAAGAAAGAGGAAAACAGUUCAGAUGAAGAGGCAGAAAAAGAAUGGGAAGAACGCAUGAGCAAUGAAAAUCUGUUUCAGAGUGCGUAUCUUGAGAACCCUCAUUCCGUAGACAUUGAAUCGAAAGACUUUGCUAAUUUACCUCCAGAAGUAAGACAUGAAAUCCUGACGGACCUCAAAGAGUUCACCAAGCGUCGAAGGAGUCUAUUGCAGACAAUGCCUGAGGAGUCUUCAGAUUUUUCCCGGUAUCAGCUGACUGGCCUUCUUAAACGCAAUAGAAUUAACCAACAUAUUGAUGGCGUUCAGAAAGAAAUGAGUAAACAGUAUUGUGGGCAAAUUCAAAUGGAGUGUAAUAAUGAGGGAGAAUUCAUAAAGAACGUGGAAACUAGGCGGCUUAUAUCAGAAGAUGCUUCACACUAUAUUCUAAUAAAAGGAAUUCAGCCAGUGAACAGUAAGGAUACAGAGACAAAUCAGCAAAUUACUACUUUCGAAAAAAGUACGAAUUCGACAGCUGCAGACGUAAUCUCAAACACUGGUUUGGAGCCCCAUUACGGCUUACGUUCACCUUCUCCUCUCACAGAAACAGCAUCCACAAGUCGAAAUGACAGUGCUGCUCUUCCUCCUUCCCCACGGACUGUGCUUGCCAUUCAGGCUGCCAUGUUGGAGAGUAGUUCAGAUGAGGAAAUUGACUUUAGACGAGAUAACAAUUCAUUUGCUGCUGAGUGUAGCAGCAGUUUGUAUUCAACAAGUAUUGUUGCCACAAAUUUAAAUUCAUCAGCAAAAACUCAUCGUGCAAACCAGCAAGAUUUACAAGAAAAAGACAUAACAAACAAUGUGCAAGAGGAUAGCAAAACUAAAUAUGAAAUUAAUAAAAAUCGAAGGAAUCAGACCUACAGUUCAAAUGAUGUGCAUGUAGAUGAGGAACUAAGUGUUGAUGAAAAUGAGUUACUGAAAAAGUCAUUCAAUCCACAGACUGACCAGAAGAAACCUAUAAGACCAGGAACUAUUCAAUGUUGUGAAGUGCAAGAAAUAUUUCCUGCAGAAGAUCAAAGUCCGAUCAAAGUCAGUGCCGUGGAACAGAACAUCAAUAUUGCUGUAGUAGGUACAGCUGAUGUAAUUAAUGAGAAACCAAAAAGUAACAAGCUAGACUUUCAAUUUCCUGAUGAUUUGAAGGACCGUGAAGAUGAUGUUGAAAUACAUUCCUUGGAAAAUGAUAGAGAAAUAAUCCUUAACAGCAAGCAACACAUUCAUCCACUUGGAGCAGCUGACUUAGAAAAUAACAAUACAAACAAUCGAGAAAUUCUAAAGCUGGAUCAUCCUUCAUCUUCUGAGACUGCUACCAGCAGCCAGCAUGUUGGCAGUGUAAAAUUGACGCCCCACACGCAAUUAAAAGGAGACUUGGAUCUCAAGAGUUUCAUUUCUCCAGCCAAAGAGAAUCAAGGUUCAGGAGAAGAAACUGAUCAUCAGGAAAUGUCCACUAAGAGUGAAGGCGGAAGUGAUUCCGAAGGUAGUUUCAUUGAAGUUGUUAUUGACACCAGCAAAGUGGACCUUCAGAGUGAACUGUUUCCUCCUGAUAUCUUCACGCCCUCGAUGCCAGCAGUUGAAUCCGCGCUCUCAUCUAAGAGAAAUACGGAAGCCACUUCAGAAACUAUACAGACUGUUACCGAGAAACAAACAGAGGUUUUUAUCCAAAAUCGUUUGGAAGCUGCUGGUGAACAAAAGAUGAAUGUGGAGGUAGACCAACAUGAACAGACAUCUGUAGGAGAAGCCACAAGAGAUGACUGGAAGGAUCUAGAUCUGGGUGAAAUUGAGGAUUUUGAGAAAGACUUGCUUAUAGAACAGUCUGAUCUGCACUCUCAGAAGCAACAACAUGAACGUAUUGCCGCCACUGUCACAGGACAGAUGUAUUUGGACAGUCAGGAAAUGCUGCAACUUUUUGGCAUUCCUUAUAUUGUUGCUCCGAUGGAGGCAGAAGCACAAUGUGCUUACCUAGAUCUGACCGACCAAACUAGUGGAACUAUCACUGAUGAUAGUGAUAUAUGGCUGUUCGGAGCGCGUCAUGUGUACAAGAAUUUCUUCAACCAAGACAAGGAUAUUGAGUAUUACCAGUACAUCCACAUUCAUAACCAACUAGGUCUUGAUAGGACGAAGCUGAUAAAUCUUGCCUAUUUUCUGGGCAGCGAUUACACUGAAGGAAUCCCUGGUGUGGGUUACGUAACAGCAAUGGAGCUCCUGAACGAAUUCCUUGGACCUGGACUGGAACCUCUUAUUCAUAUUCGAGACUGGUGGGCUGAAGCCCAGAAAAAUAAAAAACUGCGAGACAAUCCAAAUGAUACAAAAGUGAAGAAAAAGCUGCGGCACCUUGACAUUUACCCAGGUUUUCCAAACCCUGCAGUGGCAGAAGAAUAUCUGAAACCUGCUGUAGAUGAAUCUAAGGUAUCACUAUCCUGGGGUAGGCCAGACCUUGAUGAGAUCAAGGAAUUUUGUGAGAACCGUUUUGGCUGGACCAGGAAGAAGACUGAUGAAGUUCUUUUACCUGUCAUGAAGCAAAUCAAUGCCCAACAGUCCCAGUCACGCAUUGAUUCCUUCUUCAGAAUAGAACAGCACGAGAAGCAAGUAAUAAAAAGCCAGAGGCUUCGCAGGGCUGUGACCUGUAUGUUGAGGAAAGAACAAGAAGCUUUAACAGAGACUCAGGAAAGUCCUGGGAUAACAGAAGCAGCCAGUAAUUCAGCAGGUGAAGGGAAAAGCCAGCAGGGAGCAUCUGGAGUCAAAGGCAGGUCACGUAAUUCUCAAAUACCACAUGGAAAAAGGAAAUCUCCAGGGCAGCCUUCCGGAGGAGGUUUUAUUGGACCCAUAAAUUUAUCGAAAAUAUCUGAUGACUCUGAAAUAGACAAUUAUGAAUUUAAACCAAAACAUUCCAAAGUUAUGAAUUUGCAUAAGAAAACUCCAGCAAAGGACAAGACCACCAAAAUGAGCAGCAGUUCAAGUGAUGAGAGUGAUGAUAAUAUUAUGAUAACAGCUAGACCUGUGUUUGAAAAGAGACGAAAGGUUAAAACUAAACAAAGAAAAAAGUUGGGAACUUAAGCAGAUGAUGCUUCCAGGUGCACUUUCGGCAACUAUAAUUGUUUCACGCCAAAUUUCCAAUUGCUUCCCUUUUUUUAAAAGGCAAAUAUUCAAAGAUUUAUCUCUGUUCAAAGCUCUUCUAACUUCUGUGAAUUUAGUGUGACACACCAGACACAGGCUAAAGCCUUGUUCCUAAGUUGCUUUAAAGUGCCUACGAGUUAGUUAAAUUAACUCUAAUUUAUCCUCUGUAGAGCAACUUGAAACUUCUACAGUGCUAAAAUUGCCUCGACUAUUGAUCUUGUACGACUGCUGAGAAAGCUAUAAUUAUGAAUGAGUGGUAAAUUUUUCUAUGUGCAAGUGCAAAAAAUAAUAAAUUUCAUGUGUUAUAAGUGUAGAUUAAAGAUAUCUUUCGGCUUUACCGAAAGCAAAAUCGUGAGCAACAGAGUCUGCCUUUGAACAAAUAUGUUAAAACUUUGUAUCUAUAUAUGUACUUUUAAAUGUGUACCAUAAACAGUAAUCUGUAGACAAAUCAACUUAUCGUCACUUUCUAUGUGAUCUUUCAAAAGACAACGUAUUAUUGUGGUCUUCUACACGUCUGUUUCUCAGAACCAAUGCCAAAAUGGUGAUAUCAUUAGAUUAGGUUCCACAUUGAAUAGCCAAUGUAAUCCUGCCUACCAUCCUGUGUCCCUAUUUGCAUCUGUAGAUUUAAAAAAUUCUACAAAUUAACUUACAAAACAUAACAAACGUAACACUGGUCAAAGUUUUCUGAUUUUGCUUUGAGGUGAUGCCAGAGACUGAAGAUUUCCCCUUCUUAAAAAAAGAUGAGGCCGGCUGUUCUGCUAAACUUUAGCAACAAUAAAGAGUUGAGAAAUGAUAGUUUAGUGUAAUUUCAGUAGAUACUUGGGAGAAUACGUGUUAGUUUAUUUAAAAAAAAAGGUAGGUCCAGGGUUCUCAUUCUGCUUCUUCUGAAGAGUCAAUUCGAUUCUCCCACUUCCUUCAUCUCAUUUUAUAUCUGUUCCAGUGAUGGCUGAUCCCACCUGGUUCGCAGGGUGAUCAGCUGUGUCUAGCCCAUUUCUCACAUUUCUGCUUACACCCCUGCCCUGCCUCCAAAGUCCAUUAACGUUCCCUUUGAUCUCAGUUUGUACCCCUCCAACCCAACAUUCAAAGGAUCAUUCUCUGCUUGUCUAUCACCUCCAAUGUGAUGCCACCAUUAAACGUAGCUUCCCCAACCCUCUCAUGGACCAUUUCCAAUGUGACCCACUGAUGCUUUACUGCGUCAGUCCUAGCACUUCUCCACCCAUCUUUCAGCCCCACCUCCCCUUCUUGCAGCACCUUCCUGUUUAAUUAUAGAAGGUAUACCCACCCUUCCUUCCAUCUUCACUACUUAGCCAGGAGUGUUUGGAGCCUUGAAUAGUGAAUUGCAUGAACUUCUUUCACUCUAGUCUGCUGCUCGGUGAGUGAGCUGGGCAAAAUAUCUUCACUCAGACUGCAACCAUACCCCUAACCUUCUAAUCACUUGUCAUUUCGAUGCACCGCCAUGCUCACAUAUGCUCCCGAGUCCUGCAGCAAUGCUCCUGGAAAGCCUAGACCCACCAAGAUGUGGGGAGCCAGCACUGCCCCUCCCUUUGAUACUUUUCUGCCCCUGCUUUCCUCCUCCACUAAAUGCUCACACUCCCCUACCUUCCCCACCCAUUUUGCAAUUUAGAGAUUAGAUGAUAUGGAAUCAUAUACUUUGCCUUUGAGUUCUCUUGCGUUCAAUGCAGCCACUUGACACAAUGGCAUUAGCUAAUUAGUAGUGUACCCAACCACUUGGGUAUGGUUGGUGCUAAUUACUAAGAGAACAAAAGAAGAAAAAAAGUAGUUUUUUUGUGUUUAAACAAUGUAUUUUAUGCAGAUAUGUUGUAAUUAGACAUAAACUUGUUGCUAGUAGCAAUUAAAGGCAAAAAUCCCUAUAAGGUUUCUGAAAAUGCAAUGGGCUAAGUGCAACAUUAGUGCAACAGCUUUUAUUUUGCUCCCUGCUAGUUUUAGAAUCUCAGUGAAACAGCAGUGAUGUUGGCUGAGCAUGUUGGUUUAUUUUGUGAUCAGUGAUAAUGGGAACUGCAGAUGCUGGCAAAUCAAAGAUAACAAAGUGUGGAGCUGGAUGAACACAGCAGGCCAAGCAGCAUUUUAGGAGCACAAAAGCUUAUUUGUUUAAGGUGUUUCAUACCUGUUUCAGUUCAGAGCAAAAUAGGUUUUUUUUUAAAAAGUCUAUACUCAUGUUUAUCAUGGACCAGAGGUUGUUGCUCAGCCAAAAAAUAACUUAUUCCCAAUGGGGAAAGAUGCUAAUUUCCACUUGUUAUAAUCAAUUGUGAUGGAUUUGAGCAACACUCCACAAACGCAGAGUGACAUUGGAAAGUGAAUAUCUCUGACCGGAAAUAAAUGAUUACAUUUCAUUGUGAACCACAGCAUUAGUGAAAGAUUGCUUAUUGACUUAUUCAUUUAGUUCAACCUGGGUGUGGAUCGUAAUUAGAUUGAUUAUUACCGGUUUCUGCGCUUCAUGUAGCAAAAAAAAAUUAGCUUUUCAAAGGUAAAACACAAUUUGUGUAACAAGCUCAGGCUUAGGCGCAAACCACUCCUUCACUGUUAUUAAAAAUUGUGUAAUCCCAAAUUUUGGAAAAGAUUGACUAUCGUUGCUGAAUGCAAUGCAAUUAACUUUAUGAAGAUGUUUCAUUCAUUCUUUUAAACGUUUCUCUUCUGAUUAAAAAUGAACAUGAAACAAAUAAAUUAGUAUUAUAAGACCGCAUAAUGGAAAAAUUUGAAUUAUCAAUAAAAACAUGAGUGAUCGUGAUAAAAUAAAUUAUAUAAAAUCUUGCACAGAAGCAUCAACAUGUAACUUUUCCUUCUAAAUAAAAUUAUAACAGGUGAGAAUAUUUGAAUAUCAAACACAGUUUUCAAGAUGAAGGUCUUAAGCAUGUUUUUCUUAAUAUUUUCACUACUUUAUUUGUUUAUAGGUUUGGUGAGGAGCUAUUUUGAAGAAAAUGAAAUGUAAUCCCUAUUUCUAACUGAGUUUAGGGGCAAAAA